AUGGAUUCUCUCACCACUCACCCGUCGAACGCCCACCAGGCGCGCGCUUUCACGUCGGCUUCAUCUCUGUCAUUCCCCGGUGGUGCAGGCGAUCUUACCCCGCCUUCCUCUGUGAAAGAGGCCCAGGGUGCAAACGGUGUUCACGAACAGCCGCAGCAGCAGCAGGCACAGCAGCAGGUUGGAGGAAAUGCCACCAACGGCAAUGGGGUGAUUCCCGCCACUCCAGCUGCGACUCCGGGCGCGACGACUGGUGGGUCUGGAAUCGUUCCGACUUUGCAAAACAUCGUGGCUACCGUCAACCUUGACUGCCGCCUGGAUCUGAAGACCAUCGCGUUGCACGCUCGCAAUGCUGAGUACAACCCAAAGCGUUUCGCGGCCGUCAUCAUGCGUAUCCGUGAGCCCAAGACGACUGCGUUGAUCUUCGCCUCCGGUAAGAUGGUCGUGACUGGUGCCAAGUCCGAGGAUGACUCCAAGCUGGCCUCCCGCAAGUACGCGCGCAUCAUUCAGAAGCUUGGCUUUAAUGCCAAGUUCACCGACUUCAAGAUUCAAAACAUUGUCGGCUCUUGUGACAUCAAGUUCCCUAUCCGCCUGGAGGGUCUGGCUUCUCGCCACCACAACUUCAGUUCUUACGAGCCUGAGCUGUUCCCCGGUCUGAUCUACCGCAUGAUGAAGCCCAAGAUCGUGCUCCUGAUCUUCGUCAGUGGCAAGAUUGUCCUGACUGGCGCUAAAGUCCGCGAGGAAAUUUACCAGGCUUUUGAACUGAUCUACCCUGUGCUGUCUGACUUCCGCAAGGUUUGA